CCUGCAGUUUAUCUUCAUGGUGUCUAGCAAAAUGCCAAGUAUAAACAGGGCUCUAGAAUCUUUUCAAGAAGAACUCAAGGAUGAAAGUGCCAGAUUUAUAAACAAAUACGAUGAGGUUUUAUCACAUUUAAUCUUUGCAGGAUCAGACAUUAUCUUGUGUCCAUCUUUUCAUGACCCAGUGCUCCAAGUUCUGCUGAAGGCUAUAAAAUAUGGAGCAGUGCCAAUUGCAGUAAUGUACAAUGACAACAGAUUCGGGCACAGUGGAGAUGGUGAAUUUGACAGCACCAAGGUAUCGCACUACAUUGGCAGUACCUUUGCAAAUAUGUCCCUGAGCCAAGCCCUUGAUGAAAUGAAGAACAAUCCAUUGCAGUGGAGUCGAAGGAUCCUGGAUGCAAUGGAAAAGGACUUCUCAUGGGAUGCAGAAUGCUGUGACAUACAUAUUGCUGCUUAUGCAUUCCUAAAAAACCUGUGAAGCUGGUGGAAUUCAAAUGUGCAUAUGUAUAUGCAAAUGUGUCAUAUGUGUAGCUUUAUGGGCACUGCAGAGACGAGGCAUUUUUUUCUAUGUUGAU